AUGUCAUUCUCAAUCUUCCCGUCGCAUUGCAGAGAAAUUGGAACCAUGUUUGCUCAGACUGCAAACAAGGAGCUACAGCUCGUUCGGUCUCUUCAAGACUUGACAAUUCUUGAAAACUAUGACCGCGGGGUGACUAAACUCAAAGCAACCAGGUUUUAUCAUAUCAGCAAUAACGAUGAAUUGUAUUUCGGGGUGACGUCUAAGGGCAAAAUGGACACCUCGAUCCCCGAAUACAAUUCGGCUCUCAAGCGCGUUCCCGAUGAGAAAGUCUGGCUUGAAGCUCCUGCAAACGCCAACCUCACUCUGGCGCCUAAUACCUUUACGGAGGAGUUAGCUUUCUUAAAGCGCCCUCAGCUGAACUCUUACUCUCCCCAGAACCAUAACAGCCUCAUUCCCCAGUCAUUUCUAAGAGAAACAUUGAUAAUGGAGCAACUAUAUAAAUCGCCUCAUCCAAGCUUCGUCCAAUACCUUGGCUGUCGAGUGAAACGAGGUCGGAUUACGGCAAUCUGGUUGGAACGCCUCGAAUUAAGCUUGAACCAAUAUGUCAACACCCCGGAGUUCAACCAACUAGACAAAGACAAGUUUGUUGAUGACAUUGAAUCAGCUGUAAAUCAUUUACACGCAUUAGGCCUCGCCCAUAAUUAUAUCAAUCCCAACAACAUCAUGAUUAAAGGCAACAAGCCGAUUUUGGUUGGCUUUGGGUCUUGUCAGCCUUGUGGAGAGAAUUUGGAUUCACUCGAUUCUCCAGGUUUGUAUGAGAACAUAAAGGUAUCCUCUACUUCUGAAAAGGAGAAUGAUAUUCUGUCCUUGAACAAUCUACGUGAUUGGAUUAAGAAACCAAUCUAA